UGUGACUGUGUUUGUCUGUUCCACAAUUAACAAACAACAACAGAAAGAACUAGAAGACUGGUUAAGCUGAAAGCGCAGCACAUGUAGCUUGUUCAGAUUUAUCACCAAGCAUUUCAAGUGAGCUCACAACACAGCACACGGGCAAGAAAUGUGAGAAAACUGGACACGUUUUAGCAGAGGAUGGUUUCGAUCCAUCGACCUCUGGGUUAUGGGCCCAGCACGCUUCCGCUGCGCCACUCUGCUGACGUGAGGCUGUCAGGCGCCCGGAACUCCGGACCAAAAUCCUUGCCCUUUGGGGUACCUGGACAAUUUGACUACGCUGAAGCUGAGAAAAACAAUGGGGCACUUUUUUUUGUAGUUUGUUUUUACACUGGGGUCAUCACAUAUUCAGAACAGUGCAAGAGCACAUGAGCUGCUAACAGCAAAGCUCCAUUCCAAGAGUUUGCCUUUGAGUCACUGCACAUAGCGUGGGCUUCCUCACACCAUGGCCACAAUAUAGAUGGUUCCUAGCAGAGGAUGGUUUCGAUCCAUCGACCUCUGGGUUAUGGGCCCAGCACGCUUCCGCUGCGCCACUCUGCUAGCACUACACCCCAGAUGGGACUCGAACCCACAAUCCCUGGCUUAGGAGGCCAGUGCCUUAUCCAUUAGGCCACUGGGGCUCUGGCACCACAACAACAGGCCUCUCUCACAGCUUUUUAAAAGCUAGGCCUUUCGUCUCUCAUGCUCAGGACACAAAAACACGUAUGGAUUUGGGAGGACUUACACCUGAAAAUCACUUCAGCAAGUCUGAACUGACAAUUAGCGUCUCACACAAAGCAGAGCCAGCCUGUGUGUACGCUACAUUUCAUUUCCCUCACUGCUUAAAUGCAGAGCACAACAUCAGUGAUGUUUGCCUCCAGAUAAAACAAGCCUUCCCGCAUUGCUCUUACGAAACGACCUGUUUAGAGCCCUGUUUAGCCAAGCUUUCGCAUGUUAAUACUUUCAGUAAAUCCACACCUUUCAGAGGCCUUCUCCUCUCAUGUCAUGUAGCAGCCAACUUUACUCACCUGACUUGACACACUUAGAAAAUGACUGGGGUGAUGUCACACACUUUCUCUUUACUGACACUCACUGGACAACUGCGGUAAUGACAGGAAAGUUCAGGAACUCACUGGAAGUAAAACAGGCUUCUUUAUAAAGCCUGAGCAGCUCACAGCGCUCAGGUCAAAUCAAAGAGAGCUGCUACGCUAUCUGACAGAGCAAUCAAGAGUCAACACAACCGUAGAAGAGAAUGUUGAGUCUGUACGGCUUACAGCCUUCAUUCAGCCCAUUCAUGGACAUUCCCUGGCCUGUGCGCAGUCUGUGGCCUGAGGUUGUUCCUCUUUACCAUCACAGAGAUGCACUGCUGAAAAACAUGCAGGGCAUAGAGACUACUUUGAAGCUUUUGGAGAAACUUCAGCACGAGAUCUUUCAGAAAGUCUCCCAGACCGCCGCCUCUGACGUGGUCCAGCCGCUCUCCUACGCAGUGGAGAAAGAGGGAGGUGGUUUUGCCUUGACCCUGGAUGCUAAAGGCUUCUCCCCCGAGGAACUGUCCGUCAAACAGGUGGGAAGGAAGCUGCGCGUCUGCGGGAAGACAGAGAAGAGAGAGGAAGAUGGGAAAGGAUCUUACUCACACAGAGUCCAGGAGCUCAGGCGGGAGUUUGUCUUGCCGGAAGGAGUGAAUCCAGAGGCGCUGAGCUGCUCCCUGGCUGAUGGAAAACUAUUCAUUCAGGCACCAAACACACAGCAGUCUGAAAAACCUGACAGAGUGCUAACCAUCGACAGCAGUCAAGCUGGUGAGAUAGCUCGGUCAGAAACCACACAGACCCAGGACAGCACCACUGAAACACAGAGAGCAGCGGAGCAAAAGCUUGGCUGAAGAGAGCGAGAACGUCUGUAGCAGAAUUGUACGGCUCCGCGUGUAGGGCCAGUGCGGCAACUUUUUUAUCUGUCCAUUGGAAAUAUAAUGACGUAGAUAUACUGUUUUUAAGCCUCUUAUAAUGUCUACUUCUCCUGUGCUUCGUUUCUUUGUUUGUACAAUUUUGUUAUGCAAUUUGUACUAGAGUUGUAAAAAAAGUCUUCAAAAAUAAAGACAAUUUCAUUUCGCUACUCCAGAU